UAAUUUCUUGUAGGUUAGUAAAAUUUCAUCAGAUUGGUCAGUGUGCCAGACCAGAAGCAUAACCUUUAAGAAGUUUUUAAGUAAAUCGAAUCACCAAAUAUAAAACGUUUAUGCGAAUUGAAAUUGUGAACGUGGAAUGAUGCGUUUUAUGACAGCGGUAAAUUUCAAGAUUUUGCCUGUUUUUCGGCAUCGUGUGACAAACGUUCGAUCAUUUUGUAAAAAUCAUCGACCGAAUUAUGAAGAGUUGUCGAUGUGCAUACGACCACAAUUUAGAAGAAUAAAACUUAAUGAACAGUAUGGAACAUUUGCCAGGAAUAUCCAGAGUCGUCGUCAGAUUGCCGCUAUUAUUUCAAUUAGAUCGUUUUCUACCAAACGAUUCAACGAUAAAGAUCCCUCCAAUGGAAGCAAUGAAGAUGAUAUUGGAGAUCCAGCUUCAUUACCAGCCACAGUUGUUGUGCCAGAAGUUUGGCCUCAUGUUCCUGUUAUAGCAAUUAAUAGAAAUCCAGUAUUUCCAAGGUUUAUAAAACUCAUAGAACUUAGUAAUCCAAUUCUUAUGGAUUUAAUUCGUAGAAAGGUCAAACUAAAUCAACCAUAUGUUGGAAUUUUUUUAAAGAAAGCAGAAGAAAAUGAAGCAGAAAUUGUACAAAAUUUAGAUGAUAUUUACUCUGUUGGAACAUUUGCACAGAUACAUGAAAUACAAGAUUUAGGAAAUCGAUUAAGGUUGGUAGUAAUGGCACAUAGAAGGAUUAAGAUUGUUGGCCAAAUUUUAGAUGAACUUCCAAAACCUACCCAUGAAAUGAAACUGAUGUUUCCUCUAUUAAAUACAACAAUUCGCGUCCCUGUAGACGAUUCACAAAUAUCUGGUGGCAAAUUGAGUCGUAGGUCAUUUAUUCGUAAAAGUAAAGAUAAUAAAGUCUUGGAAUCAGAAAAGGUACAAAAAAUUGAGGAAAUUACUACCCCUGAAAAUAAAGUAACAGAAGGAGCACAGGAGACAGUUGAAGAAAAAGUUACUCCUUCAGCAGAUUCUGCAACUCACACUAGUGUUCAACCUUUGUUAAUGGCAGAAGUUGUAAAUAUUACCCAUGAGAAAUUUAGGCAAACUGAAGAAAUUAAGGCUUUAACACAAGAAUUAAUUAAAACAAUUCGAGAUAUAAUAAGUAUGAAUCCAUUAUACCGUGAGUCUUUGCAACAAAUGUUGCAUCAAGGACAGCGAGUUGUAGACAAUCCAGUUUAUCUCAGUGAUUUAGGUGCAGCUUUGACAGGAGCAGAUGCACAAGAAUUACAACAAGUAUUAGAAGAAAUGGAUAUUUUAAAAAGAUUAAGAUUAUCACUAGCUCUCUUAAAGAAAGAAUAUGAAUUGAGCAAACUUCAACAAAAAAUUGGAAGAGAAGUAGAAGAAAAAGUUAAGCAGCAACACAGGAAAUAUAUCCUCCAUGAACAAUUAAAAGUUAUUAAAAAAGAACUGGGACUUGAAAAAGAUGAUAAAGAUGCUAUAGGAGAAAAAUAUAGAGAACGUAUACGACAGAAAGCAGUUCCAAAAGCAGUGAUGGAUGUAUUAGAAGAAGAAUUAAAUAAAUUAAAUUUCUUAGAGAGUCAUAGUAGUGAAUUUAAUGUGACAAGAAAUUAUUUGGACUGGCUUACAUCUAUGCCAUGGGGUGUAACUAGUUCAGAAAAUUUAAAUCUUCAACAAGCAAUUGAGAUAUUGGAUAAAGAUCAUUAUGGAAUGGAAGAAAUAAAAAAACGAAUCUUGGAGUUUAUUGCUGUCAGUCAGUUGAAAGGUACAACACAAGGGAAAAUAUUAUGUUUUCACGGACCACCGGGUGUAGGAAAAACAUCGAUAGCUAAGUCAAUUUCUCGGGCUCUCAACAGAGAGUAUUUUCGAUUUAGUGUGGGAGGAAUGACAGAUGUUGCAGAAAUUAAAGGUCAUAGAAGAACUUAUGUGGGUGCUAUGCCUGGCAAAAUUAUUCAGUGUUUAAAAAAAACCAAGACUGAAAAUCCACUUGUUCUUAUUGAUGAAGUUGAUAAAAUUGGAAAAGGUCAUCAAGGUGACCCAGCUUCUGCUCUGUUAGAAAUGUUAGAUCCAGAACAAAACGCAAAUUUCUUGGACCAUUAUUUAGACGUUCCUGUUGAUUUAUCGAAAGUGCUUUUUAUUUGUACGGCGAAUGUAAUUGAUACAAUUCCGGAACCUUUAAGAGAUCGUAUGGAAAUGAUAGACAUGUCAGGUUACGUCGCAGAAGAAAAGCUUGCGAUCGCUAAGCAAUAUUUAGUGCCACAAGCGAUGAAUGAUUCAGGUUUAACUAAUGAACAUGUCAAUAUAAACGAUAAUGCGCUUCACUUAUUAAUCAAGUCCUACUGUCGAGAAUCAGGAGUAAGAAGUCUUCAGAAACAUAUAGAGAAAGUUCAUCGAAAAGUAGCGUUUAAAGUUGUUAACAAAGAAGUAGCAAAAGUGGAAGUAACUGUCAACAAUUUACACGAGUUUGUAGGAAAACCCGUGUUCACGCAUGAUAGAAUGUAUGAAGUUACACCUCCUGGAGUUGUUAUGGGCCUUGCAUGGACAGCUAUGGGAGGAUCUACUCUGUUCAUUGAAACAAGAGUGAGGAAACCUUUUAGUGAAAAAAAAUCAGAAGGUACUCUAGAAGUCACUGGCCAUUUAGGUGACGUGAUGAAAGAAUCUAUUUAUAUCGCAAUGACAGUUGCAAGAAACUUUAUGAGUAUGGAAAAUCCAUCUAAUACUUUCCUCGCCGAUUCUCAUCUACAUUUACAUGUACCUGAAGGUGCUACUCCAAAGGAUGGUCCUAGCGCAGGUAUUACUAUUGCAAUAGCAUUGAUUUCGCUUGCUAAAAAUCAAUCAAUUAGACAAAAUGUUGCAAUGACUGGUGAACUCAGCCUCAUGGGUAGAGUGCUUCCUGUUGGUGGCAUUAAAGAAAAGACGAUUGCUGCAAAACGAGUCGGUGUAAACUGUGUAAUUCUACCUGAAGAAAAUAAAAAAGAUUACAAUGAUCUUCCUAAAUACAUUACGGAUGGUCUGGAAGUUCACUUUGCUUCGACUUUUGAAGAUGUAUAUCAUAUAUGUUUUGCACCACAACAAGAAACUGAUAAUAUUCAUCACCAACAACCUGUAGAUCUUGAUAUUUCACCACCACAAAGCGCACCUCUUUUGGGUAAAAAUAUCGACUGAAUUAUUUAAGGAUUAAGUACUUACGCAUUUUAAAGAUUAUCAUUUUAUGCAUGCA